AUGACCUACCUAGUCCUCCCAGAGAAACUCCUCCUCAUCUCCCUAAAGAUGUACUUCACCCCCGACGAAACCCUAACAUACCUGAAUAACCUCCUAAACACAUCGAACAAAAUCAUCCCCAAAACACCCAAACUCCAGCUAGGCCUAAUCCCGGAUUUCCUAACAAUCCACCCUUGCGCACAACUCCUCACGCAGAACAAAAACCCCCUCCUCCUCGGCGCACAGGACUGUUUUUGGGAGUCCGCAGGCGCAUACACAGGCGAAGUGUCCCCCGCCUCACUGCACAGUCUCGGCGUCUCAAUCGUCGAGCUAGGCCAUGCCGAGCGCCGCGCUAUCUUCAAAGAAUCAGACGAAGAGACGGCGCGCAAGGCCGCCGCCACCUGCAAGCACGGCAUGAUACCCCUAGUUUGCAUUGGGGAGGUUAGUGCGCCUGGCGCUGUGGCUUCGGCCGCUGUUGGGUUGGCGGUGAAUGAGUGUGCUGUUUUGGUGAAAGCUGUGCUGGAUGCAAUUCCAGUAGAUGCGCCUGUUAUCUUUGCCUACGAGCCUGUUUGGGCAAUUGGAAAGCCUAAACCUGCGGGCGUGGAUCAUGUUGCUGCUGUUGUGGAGGGGAUUCGGGGUGUCAUUGGGACUCGGGAUGGGGAUGUCAGGGUUCUCUACGGGGGAAGUGCGGGGCCUGGGCUUUGGGGGGAUGGGGGGUUUGGGGAAGGCUGUUGA